AUGCCGUAUCCCUUGCCUGGACGCAAUGUCCUGGUCACUGGUGGCUCAAGAGGCCUCGGUGCUCUCGUUGCACAAAAGUUCGCUGCCGAGGGAAGUAACAUUGCCAUAAAUUAUAUGUCGAAUAAGGCGGCCGCCGACAAGGUUGCCUCGGAGCUUGCGAGCAAGUAUAAUGUGAAGACCAUUGUGAUUCAGGGUGAUGCUGGAAACCAGGCUGAUUGCGCCAAUGCCGUGAAGACAACUAUCGAGCAACUCGGAGGGCUGGACGUCAUCGUUUCGAAUGCUGGAUGGACAAAGAUGACCAACUUUGCCGAUUUGGACGCGAUGGACGAUGCAGAUUGGGACAAGUGUUGGAAUAUGAACGUCAAGAGUGCAUUCUAUCUCUUCAAAACCGCCCUGCCAACAUUCAAUGCGAAUCCCGAUGGUGGCGCCUUUAUCAUCACCGCAUCGACUGCGGGUGUGACCGCCGCCGGCAGCAGUCUGCCUUAUGCUGUGACCAAAGCAGCUCUCCUCCAUCUCAUGAAGUGCCUUGCACAAACCCAGGGCUCGAAGGUCCGCAUCAAUGCAGUGCUGCCAGGUCUUCUCCUCACUGAAUGGGGCCAGCAGUUUUCCCCUGAGAAAAUCGAGGGCUGGACUCAGAAGACGGUGCUCAAGCGAGUGCCUGAGGUCGAGGAUACUGCCGAUAUGUACGUGACGAUCGCAAAGAACUUGUCUAUGACUGGGCAAUCGAUUCAAGUUGAUUCUGGAUUCGCAAUCCGGUAA